GAAGAAAAGAAAAGAAAAAGAGAGAAGGAACAUUGUGAUACUGAGGGUGAAAUGGAUGACUUUGAUCCAGGAAAAAAAGUGGAAGUUGAUCCACCCUCUGAUCGUCCAGUCCGGGCCUGUAGAACUCAACCCACAGAAAAUGAGAGCACUCCUAUUCAACAAUUAUUGGAACAUUUCCUUCGUCAGUUACAGAGGAAGGAUCCUCAUGGUUUUUUUUCCUUUCCAGUCACUGAUGCUAUUGCUCCUGGCUAUUCCAUGAUAAUAAAACAUCCUAUGGAUUUUGGUACAAUGAAAGAAAAAAUUGUAGCAAAUGAGUACAAGUCAGUAACAGAAUUCAAGGCAGAUUUUAAACUGAUGUGUGACAAUGCAAUGACUUACAACAGACCAGACACCGUGUAUUACAAACUGGCUAAAAAGAUUCUCCAUGCUGGCUUUAAGAUGAUGAGCAAAGCAGCUCUUUUGGGUGAUGAAGAUCCAGCUAUUGAAGAUCCAGUGCCCGAAGUUGUUCCUGUGCAUGUAGAGACUACCAAGAAAUCCAAAAAGCCAAGUAAAGAAGUUAUUAGUCCUGCCCAGGCUCCCACAGGCAUCCCUGACAUGAGCGACAUUGAGCUGGCCAUGCCCACCCCAUUCACGCCCACCAAGUAG